AUGGCUAGCGACAAGAAGCCGACAGGGCCAUUAGAGAAGCCAGAAGAUGCCCACGAUGAGUUCGAAACAUCCAGUCAUCAAGUAGUCGGCGAAGAUGAAUCACUGCCCGCAAUCGAAAAUGUGCAUCGUAACAAAGCCUUCACGCGGAAACUCCUCUUGAAACUCGAUACAAGAAUCGUCCCAGUUCUUGGUGUCCUAUUUCUCUGCUCGUUCUUCGACCGAACUAAUGUUGGCAAUGCCAAAAUCUUGGGGCUGGAGAAGGAUCUUAAGCUGUCCAAUGGCCAAUAUGCCAACGGACUCGCCAUCUUCUUUGCCUUUUACAUCGCCGCUGAGUUGCCCAGCAACCUGGUGCUUAAGAGGGCGAGUCCAAGAAUUUGGCUGGCCUUCCUUACGGCUGCCUGGGGGAUUGCCGGCAUGUGUUUGGGCUUUGUUCGAAACUAUGCCAGUUUCCUCGUUGUUCGUGCAAUUCUAGGGCUUUUCGAAGGGGGUCUUGUGCCAGGGAUGGUCCUCUAUCUCUCCGGAAUCUAUACUCGCGGUGAACUCGCCCUCCGGGUUGGUCUAUUCUACGUCAGUGCAUCCCUCGCCGGCGCAUUCGGGGGCCUCCUUGCCCGUGGUCUUUCCGCCAUUCCGGUUGUGGGAUCCGUCGACGCUGGCUGGCGCUGGAUCAUGAUCAUCGAGGGCCUAAUCACGGUUGUCGCUGGUGUCGGCGGGUACAUUUUCCUCCCUAACAGCGUCGCGACUGCCUCGUUCUUGACACCAGAAGAGCGCAGAUAUGGAGAAUCGAGACUCCGCAACGACACUAGACGCCACCUGACUGAUGGCCAAGAGUCCGAAACGGUGGAAAAGUUUCGCUGGUCUGAGAUUCGCCGUGGGGUGUUAGAUGUUCAAGUCUUUCUAACCGCCACCGCGUAUUUUGCCAUCCUAUCAGGCCUUUACUCUUUCGGUCUCUUCCUCCCCUCCAUCAUCAACGGCCUGGGCUACACGGCCAAUGAUGCUCAACUUUGGUCGGUCAUCCCAUACGCCGUAGCCUCUGUUCUCACCGUGGGUGUGGCCUUUGUAUCGGAUCGUCUCAAGGUCCGAGGCAUUAUCAUGCUUGUAACACUUCCGCUAGCCAUCAUCGGGUACGCCGUGAUUGCUAAUGUCGGGGAGCAUGACAACCAAGUCAAGUUUGGCAUGACAUUUCUCAUGGCAACUGGCUUGUACGCCAGUGUCCCACCCAUAUUAGUGUGGUGUUCUAAUAAUUCGGCUGCACACUUCAAACGAGCGACGGCGUUGGGCGUGCAGCUCAUGAUUGCGAAUUGCGGUGGUUUCGUCUGUGCCUUUAUUUAUCCCUCUACCGAAGCACCACAAUACCACAAAUCACAUAGCAUCGUCCUUGGAUUGCUAGCAUAUGCCUGGCUUGCCAAGAACAGAAUACUUUUGAACGUGCUAUACUGUGCGAAGGUCAACCGUGAUAAGGCUCAGGGCAAGUAUAACAAAUAUCGGGGAUACGGGGACGACCGGGACCCUGAGUUCAGGAUGGUUUUGUGA